UCGGCACACAACCUCGGAUGCAUCGUCAGUUACCGUCAGCCGGCUGUACUGUUGUGAGCAUUGCGUGCGGCACCAUGUGGUCCAAUUUGUGGAUUGUCGUCAUUUAUUUCGUCAUCGUUGUCACAGAAGCACAUCCGGAUAAUACCAAGAAGCUAUAUCAGAACGAGUUGCAGACUGACCAGUCUACACGUGAAAAUCGGACUAAUGUGAAUCUUGUGAAAGACAGUUCUAAUGAAUUAAAUUCUAACCUACAACAAUCCACAAAGUCUUAUAAAAAGUUACCCGCACCAAUGGUGGAUGAUGAUCUUUUGGAAUUUUUGGUUCGCGUGGCGGACAAUCCAGCAGAGUGGAAUAAAAUUCGUCGUGUUUUAAGUAUGCUGGGCCGGGACGAGACGGGCACGCCGACUGCGGCUGCGGUGGCGGCCGACGACAGUAACCACGUCGGCGCGGCCGCCAUCCAGACCGCGUCGUCCACUUCGACGCCGACGCCGCCGCCGCCGCCGCCGCGGGCCACCACUCCGACGUCCCCGAAGAUCGCGGCCACGGUCGCGAACGUGAUAGGCUACGGACGCGGUCUGAAACACCAACCAGCGCCGCCGCCGCCGCCGCCGACCACGUCGUCACCGUCGUGGCCGUCGGGCGACUGGAUAAUGAAAGCGGUGCAAGACAUGAAAGCGGCGGCCAGGGCUCGGGGGAUCGGGGCCGGGGGCGAGGACUACGACGGCGACGACGACGGCAACGAUUACGAUUACGACGACGACGAGAUCGAACAGAUCGAAGAACCGACUGCCGCGCCGCCGCCGCCUCCGUCUCCUCCCGCACGGCCGUCACGGCAGCCGCUGCUCAGGACGGUGGCCGGUCACAUGUCGCGGUACGAGUUCAAGCGGUUGGACGGCAGGCCGGACGACGGUCGGGUAAACGGCACGUACGUGGCUGUCAUCGAGAGCGAUCGUCCGCCGCGCGUCGUCAUCUACGACCCGGCGAGGCAGAAAAAACCAAGAACCGACAAAUAAUUUCAACAGAAGACAGUGGAUGACGCGACUUGCAAACGGCAGCUAAAAACCGCCCGAAAGAAUAAUAAUUUCCGCAUAGUAAUACACACACAUACACACACAUAUACAUACAAAACACACAAAGAAAAGAAGUUUGUUGUAUUGAUUAAAUGAUAAAUUAUUAUUAUUAUAUAAUAUAACAAAACACGUCUGGUUAAACAUUUCUCUCGUUCAUAUUAUUUUAAUGCGUUUUAAUUUUUCGAUGUUACGACCAAAAUUGACAUUGUCACGUAUUAAAUUUUAAUUAAUAUAAUAUUAUUAUAAUAAAAUUAAAUAUCAUAAGUUGUAAUUACCGUGUGCUGUAUACACAU